GGUGGCGGUGCAGGUGUGCGGGGUGCGGCUUGUGCGGCUGCUGUGCGGGGCGUCAUCCGUGGUGGCUCAGCUGGUGCGGGCGGCAGGCCUGCUAGCCCAUAUGCAAGCCUACAUCCUGCUCGCCACCCCCCUCAUCACCACCACCACCGCCGCCGCCUCCGGCACCACCACCACUACCUCCUCCGCCGCCACCGCUGAGCCGUCCCUGCCGCUGGCGCUCCUGCGGCUGGAGGCCCUCCGUACCUGGCGGGUGUGUGCCCACCACGGUAUUGCACUGCUCUCAAUGGACGAUAUGUACGGCAAUCUCUG